CUGUAGGAAAUAAUAAUCAGAUUUUAACUUGGUUCCAAAUAUUAAACCAACUUCACUGAUCAUGAGAGGAGCUGCAGCCACGGAGAAUGAUGUGGAGGCGGAUGAUGUUGGAGGGAGUGGGGGAAGACGACCUGUGAAGGCGGCUCAAAGAGAGCAUCUACCUGGGGGACAUUUUAGUCUUCAUCAGCACACAAGGAGAGACACCAGAGUGAAGCGGCUGAGAGGACGACAGAAGAUCACACUGAAAUAUCAGUUUCAUCUAACAGAGCAAAGAUGCAGUGGAGUCUGUUUCUGCUCCUUCUGAUGGGUCAGUGUUCCUUCUUCAUGUGUCACCUCCAUGAGUACCACUUUGUUGAAGAGAAGAAGAACUGGACUGAAGCCCAGCACUACUGCAGAGAGCAUCACACUGACCUGGCCACAGUGUCUAACAUGACAGACAUGGAGAGACUCCGUGACUCUGCACAGAAUCAAGAUGGAGCCUGGAUUGGGCUUUACAGCGACCCUGAAAGAAAUAAGAGAGGGAUGUGGCACUGGCAGUGGUCUCUGCCAGGGCUGGAGUCCAAUGAUGGGGAGAGUAGAUGGCAUGAGGGAGAGCCGGAUAAUUCAUUCAGCCGUGAGAAAUGUGUGCAGAUGCACAAUCACAUAUGGUGGGAUGCCCCUUGUUCUCACAAUCAUAAAUGUAUCUGCUAUGAUGAAAGGAGGCAAUCCAACAAGAGAUUCCAUCUGAUUGAAGACAAGAUGAGAACCUGGCCACAGGCUCAGAACUACUGCAGAGAACAUCACACUGACCUGGUCAGUGGAGACCAACAGUUAGAGGACGACGAAUUCAAGAGAGAGUAUAAGUCAAGCGAGGUCGUGUGGAUUGGCCUGUUCAGAGACUCCUGGAGGUGGUCAGAUGGGAGCAAUCACUCUUUCAGAUACUGGGAUCUGGAGUUAUUCAGAGAUGAAGACAGCAGCAAGAAAUGUGCUGUGACUCUGCUGGAUGGAAAAUGGAGCUCCGACGAGUGUAAUAAAACAAAACCCUUCUUCUGCUAUGGUGGAACAACCACAAAGAAAGGAACAACAGCAGGUCCCUCAUCAUCCACUGUUACUGAGGACAAGACACAAGUUUCUUCCAUGGCAGAUAAAAUGAUCCUGAUCAAGGAGAACAUGACCUGGGACGAUGCCUUGAAGUACUGCAGAAUGAACCACUGUGACCUGGUCUCCAUCACCAACCCUGACGAGCAGCGAUGGGUCCAAGAGAAAGCCAAGAAGGCCAACAGUCCCUACGCCUGGCUGGGACUGCGCUACACCUGCACUCUGGGUUUCUGGUUCUGGGUCAAUGAAGAGAUGGUCACCUAUAAGAACUGGGUCACAGGUGUACCAGCGGAUGACUGUGACAUGUCUGGAGCCAUGGACAGAGGAGGAGAACAUAAGUGGUUCAAAAAGAAUGACAAUGAGAAGUUUAAUUUCAUCUGUUCUACGUGCCAAACCCUCUAUACUCACUGUUAGCAGGCCUUUGAUUCAUUUACUCACUUUGUUUGCAGUGCUGUGUUACAUUUGGAAACAUUUAUACUAUAAGAUGUGUUUGUUGAACGGCAUUCUGGGACAUGUAGUAAUCCCAACCUGAGGGGGAGAGAUGUGAAAUCACCAGCAGACUUUUUAACAGCAGAUUUAAAUAGAGAGAAAGUAGCUACAUUGAAGUCAGUUUCAAAGCAGCAUCAGAUUACUGAGGAUGUGACCCUGUGAUGGGUUUUUCUGUCUCUUUAUUCUGAUUCAACAACACCUGAGUUAUCAAUAUUUGUCAUUUUCUGAGCUUGUUGUUGUUAUAUUUUAUUUCUCUAUCUUUAAUUCAUCUUCUGAGGUUGUAUUUAGUUUUCUGUAUAAUUCACAGUGUGUAUGGUCGACAUCUUUAUGGUAGGAACUGGAAUGAAUACACCAGCAGAUUUAAAUUGAGAGAAAGUCGCUACAUUGAAGUCAGUUUCAAAGCAGCAUCAGAUUACUGAGGAUGUGACCCUGUAAGUAGUGAUGGCCAAAUGAGGCCUCAUGAACCACUGUCUUUAUUUUCUGAAGCCACCAGAUGGUGCUGUCUGUUCAACAAAGGUUUGAACAUUGCAAGUUCUUCAGCCUUUAUCUUUAAACCAAGAGCGCCAUCUGGUGGGGUGAGAAAAUAAAGACAGUGGUUCAUGAGGCUUCAUUUGGCCAUCACUACUGUAAUGGCACCUAAACUAUCACUAUUUGUUAUUUUCUCGAGUUGUUGUUGUUGUAUUUUAUUUCUCUUAAAGUGUGGGUGUUAGAAAGGCUUGAACUAUACUGGGACUGUGAGAAUACGGAAUAACGUCAUAUAUCAUAUAUCGGACGAGCAUCAUAUAUCCACCAGCCUAAGACAGAGAAGUUAACUCUCAGUUACAAUCGAGCUUUAAUUCAUCUUUUGAGGUUGUAUUUUCUGUAUAAUUCACAGUGUGUAUGGUCGACAUCUUUAUGGUAGGAACUGGAAUGAAUACACCAGUCUACAGUGUACUGGUUUGAUUUUGCUAUAUGUAUUCAAAUGUGGAACAUUUUACUAUAUUUUCAGGUUUUGAUAAAGAUCCGGUGAUGGUUAUAUUAUGUAAAAUCUUUGUCUUUGAUUAUCACAUUUUUGGAGUUUUGUGUAAACAGAUAAUUUCUCUCUCUGAAGCUGAAUAAAGUGUUAAAAGACA